CUUUUAUUGGGACUUUUCGUGUGUUGAUUGUUAAAUUCAUUGGUUGAAUUGAAUUAAAAAAUUUCAUAAUAAGUAAAUCAAUAAUAAUGCCGAAGUUCUUCGUGCGAUUUAAGUAUUUUUAUGCAUCCUUUUUCUCGAAAUGAUUGUACGAAGAAGACGCAUUUUAUAUAUUUUGUUUUCAACAAUUUGUAUGACGUGGUUGAUGUAUUAUAAGCCAGGAUAUAAACAUACGAAGAGGAAAUUUGAUGAAAGCGUGUACAUUCAAAAUUUCGAUGAAAAAUCAUACGUGAAUAUGAGAAAGGACCGCGAAGACGUUUUUAAAGAGAAUAAUUUUAAUCGUACGGCUAGUGAUAAUUUGUCCAGUGAAAGAUCAAUUCCAGACACUAGACAUGCCAGAUGUGCAAGCGUGAGCUAUCCCGAACACUUACCGUCAACCAGUGUCAUAAUCACAUUUCAUAAUGAAGCACGAUCGACAUUGCUAAGGACAGUGAAAAGCAUUUUACUACGCAGUCCAUCAAACCUAAUCAGAGAAAUAAUUCUUGUUGAUGAUUUUAGCGAUGAUCCAAGUGAUGGAUCAUUGCUGCUGUCUAUUCCUAAAAUACGCCUCCUUCGUAACGAAAAAAGAGAAGGUUUAAUUCGAUCUCGUGUGCGUGGAGCUGAUGCUGCAACUUCUCAAAUUUUAACAUUCUUGGAUAGUCAUUGUGAGUGUAAUGUUAGAUGGCUUGAGCCCAUGUUGCAUCGAGUUGUUGAGAAACCUUCAACAAUUGUUUGCCCAAUCAUUGAUGUCAUAAGUAUGAAUAAUUUCCAUUAUAUUGCAGCAUCUGCAAACAUUCGAGGAGGUUUUGACUGGAGUUUACAUUUCAAAUGGGACCACUUGACCCCUGAUCAAAAAAAUCAACGACAUCAUUCUCCAAUUUCUCCAAUCAAGACCCCAAUGAUUGCUGGUGGAUUGUUUAUGGUAAAUAAGGAUUUCUUUCGGAAAAUUGGAAAAUAUGAUACAAUGAUGGAUAUAUGGGGUGGUGAAAAUUUUGAGAUAUCAUUUCGAACAUGGAUGUGUCAUGGUAGAAUGGAAAUAAUACCAUGUUCUCGUGUUGGUCAUGUGUUUCGUAAGAAACAUCCAUAUUCAUUUCCUGAUGGGAUUGCAAAUACAUACAUUAGAAACACAAGGAGGACUGCAGAAGUGUGGAUGGAUGAUUAUAAGAAAUAUUUUUUUGCUGCUCACAGGGGCUCAAAACAACACUACUAUGGCAAUAUACAGUCUCGAAUUGAACUGCGGAAAAAAUUGAAAUGCAAGUCUUUUAAGUGGUACUUAGAAAAUGUUUAUCCUGAACUGAGCAUUCCAGAUGAUAAAGAUAUUGCAUUUGGAGAAUUAAAGCAAGGCUACAUGUGUCUUGAUACAAUGGGAAAUGUUGCUGGGGGAACAGUUCAUGCUCACAAAUGUCACAGUUUGUCUGGCAAUCAGGAAUGGUCUUUCACCAUCCAUCACCAAAUAAAACAUGGCGAUUUGUGCCUAACUGUUUUAACUCCCGAAAACAAAGUGACUAUGAACGUUUGUGAAGAAGAUGGUGCUCAGUUUUUUGAGCAUUUUGCUGACAUGACUUUACGCCACAAAUCAACUGGUUUGUGUCUGAAGAAUGACGGUUCAGAUCGUCAAAUAAUUGCCGUGAAUUGCCGCGCAAGUGACUUGCUUCAAAAAUGGAAAUUUUCUUUAUACAUGGAACGGUAGAGUUUAUAUGUUAUUACGUAAAUAGGUCUUUUUAUUAUAAGAGAAUUUUUAAAAUUAAUUAUAUUUUUGAGAGAAUUAA